AUGACCCUUCUUCCGUAUUUCAUUAAUUCACUUCUAACAUGCAUCGCAAUUAUAAACCAAUUAAUUUUCAUUAUAAACUUUGACUCUCUGAUUCCCCUUCUUCUGUUUCACCAUUAAAUCAGAUUAAAACCCUAUUGCAAUGCAUCUGCAUGCGUUCUUCACCCAGCAAUAACAAUAAUGGCCACCAAGAACCGUUCUUUCUUCUGUAUCCUCUCUUUACUUUCAAUCUUCUCUUUAUUCAUACCUCUUCUUUCCACGGCGUUUGAUGUUAACAUAUGGGGUGGCCACUGGGUUCUCCUCCAACCCAGCAUCGGCAUCUCUGCAAUGCACAUGCAAGUUCUUCACAACAACAAGAUCAUCAUCUUUGAUCGCACCGAGGCCGGCCCUUCCAACAUCUCCCUUCCCGCCAAUAAAUGCCGUUUAAACGACGACAUUCUCAAUCUCGACUGCACCUCCCACUCUGUGUUAUAUGACAUUGCUACAAACACAUUUCGUCCCCUUGUGAUUCAAACCGACACGUGGUGCUCGUCUGGCGCGGUUGACCAUGACGGUACCCUGGUCCAAACCGGCGGCUACAACAACGGUGAACGCGUAAUCCGCCUUUUCAGCCCAAGUGAUGACGAAAACUGUGAUUGGGUUGAGUUAACGAAAUCUCUCUGGGACCGGAGAUGGUACGCGUCAAACCAGAUUUUACCAGACAAUCGGAUCAUCAUCGUCGGCGGUAGAAAAGUUUUCACCUACGAGUUUUACCCCAAGAAUGAAUCUUUACCGUCAAGUUUUUACCUUCCGUUCUUGAUCGAAACAAGAGAUCCAGAAGAGAACAAUCUCUAUCCUUUUUUACAUCUCUUACCUGACGGCAAUCUUUUCAUUUUUGCUAACAAAAGAUCAAUCUUGUUUGACUACAUUAACAACAAGGUUGUUAAAGAGUUUCCACUUAUUCCCGGUGAUGACAAGAGGAACUAUCCCAGUUCGGGCUCUUCUGUCUUGCUUCCUCUACGUUUAACCGGGCCGAAUGAUCACAAUUUGACAAGUGUUUUCCCUGAAGCUGAGGUGAUGGUGUGCGGCGGAGCUCCUCCCGGUGCGUUUCUCAAGUCUCAGAAAGAGCGUGUUUUUGUACAAGCUUCAAAGACUUGUGGCAGACUAAAAGUGACCGACCCGGAACCCGUUUGGUCAAUGGAGGUCAUGCCAAUGCCACGUGUCAUGACAGAUAUGGUACUGUUACCCACAGGUGAUGUCGUCCUUAUUAAUGGUGCGUCUAAUGGUACUGCCGGUUGGGAGAACGGAGACAACCCGAAUUUGAACCCGGUUUUGUACUUGCCAAACGCAGAGCCGCCGCUCAGAUUCUUGGUUUUGAAUCCCUCGAAGAUUCCCAGAAUGUACCACUCAUCAGCUGUGUUAGUGCCAGAUGGCAGGAUAUUAGUAGGUGGGAGUAACCCGCAUCCGAGGUACAACUUCACAGCGUAUCCGUACCCGACUGAGUUGAGUUUGGAGGCUUUUUAUCCCCACUAUUUAGCUCCACUGCACGAGAACAUCCGGCCCUCCAUUUUGGCAGUAGAGUCAACGGAGAAUACGGUGUCGUAUAAUGAGGUAUUUUCCAUAACUUUCUCGUUGACUAUGUUCCUCCCAACUGCAGAGCUGUUUGUGUCGCUCAUAACGCCGUCGUUUGCUACGCACUCGUGGUCAAUGAACCAACGCAUGGUGGUUUUGAAAGUGCUGGAAGUGGUACAGCUGUCCAUUUUAACUUAUAAGGUUGUGGUGAUUGGGCCCACUGCUGCCACGGUGGCGCCACCUGGAUAUUACAUGAUGUUUGUAGUACACUCUGGAAUCCCUAGUGCCGGUGUGUGGAUUAAGGUGAUGUGAAUGCGAUGGUUCAGGCUUCUUCUUUUUUUUUUUAAUUUUUCAGUAGAAAAAUAAAAGGGUUUUUUUAGAGGUAGUAAAUUCUCCAAUUGAAGAAAUUAGUCAUUGGUUUCAAUUGUAACGGCUGCAAUUCAAUGUGGUUAAAUAUUAUCAUUCCCAAUUUCGAUAGAUGUGGGAUGGGUUUAAUAAAACCUGAGAAGUCUGAGGGUCUAAUUGAAACAAAA